AUGAGUUCAAAAUCAGAUCACGACACGCUGAUUGAAAUGGGCUUUCCUCCAGACAAAGUGGCCCGUGCUUUGAAGGCUACGAAAGGUGCUGGACUACAGCCCGCAAUGGAUUGGUUGAUUUCUCAUCCUGAUGAACUUGAAGACGAGCCAGCUGGACGAUCAUUAGGUGAACAGCCAGCUGGAGAGCCUGUCGGUGGCAUUUCUCAAGAUCAAGAUGAGGGUGAAAUUCAGGACGGAGAACAGACAGCACAAUCUUUACAAUGUAACGAUUGCGAGAAACUAUUUCGCGAUGCAAGCGCUGCGCAAAAUCAUGCGACUAAGACUGGUCAUGUAAAUUUUUCUGAAUCUACCACUGCAAUCAAACCAUUAACAGAAGAGGAAAGGAAAGAAAAAUUAUUGGAAUUGAAACAACGCUUGGCCGAAAAGCGUGAAUUACGUGUUAUGCAAGAAAAAGAAGAAGAGAAAUCUCGUGAAAGGAUGCGAAGACAAUCUGGUAGAGAAUUGACAGAGGCCAAAAGCAAGUUGGAAGAAAAGGAAAUGCAAAAGUUGUUGAUGGCGAAAAAGAAAGAAAAGGAAGACGAAAAAAUUGCUAAGGCUAAAAUAAAGGCGCAGAUCGAAGCUGAUAAGAAAGAAAGAGCAGCAAAGGUUCGACUUUUAUAUAUUAUUGCUUUACGUUUGGAUUUAUUCGGUCGCGUUGAAUUAAUUCAUUCGUUUGAUUAUUUUUCAAAGAUUCGACAACAAACAGGAGCACCCAUCACUCAAACAUUUCAAUCUACUGAUACAUUACAAAUCGUGUACGAUCUUGUUAGUCAACAUGUUCACGGUCCAUUCACAUUGAUGACGACAUUCCCAAGGAAAGUGUUUGGAGAUAGUGAAAUGCAAAAAACUUUGAAAGAUUUGAAUCUUGUUCCAUCAGCAGUCUUGGUAGUAAAUACAUCAUAA